CUCGAAUCUCGACUAUUUCAAACCGCGCUUUCUGGAUCUCUUCCAUCAAUCAUUCAACUCAUUUAAACGAUCGAUCCAACGGCAGGGCUGUCGUCUGAUCUUCGAGAUGCCGUCCCAACAACCCAGGCCGCAUCUGUCCUACAGUAGAUCAGACCCCGAUCUCUCCAACCUGUCGAAUCAGUUAAGGAUCUCUUCAUUCUCCCCCCCUUCUCCUACCACCGGCGGAUCGCCAGCUGAAUCGACAACCCCUUCUCACGCAGCGCCAGCCACUCCAGAUGGCCAGAGGAAGGUUUAUACAUGGCUUAACUCGUUGACCAAGGAAGAAGCUGAGAGAUUACAUAAUAUCAUCAACGUAUCAGCGUCCCACCCUGCGCAACAGUUCCCACAGGCAGCAAUCGAGCGACUGAGCCAGUGUACGAAUAAGAAACACCCUGAACGCGACGGAGCAUUCUAUCUGCGAUGGGCAGAAUGUCAAGUAUCGAACCUGACUCCCAGUUCGACUGGUGAGGGAUACGUCAGCCACCCGAGGGCCAAGAUUACAAUCCCUAAGCAGCUUAGCCCGCCUAGUCCGAUGUACAGCCAGAUCGCCAAAGCUGUCUCAAAGGAGAGGCUUGAUGAGUUCAACGCACUAGACGGUCCAUUAAACCCUACAUCUCAACAAGUUCACCUGCAGGUGCACCAUGUAGCCUAUAACACCAAUCGAGACCGGCCUGACUUCAUCCCUUUGGAGCAGUGGGGUCGAAACGCUUCUGUCUUUAACUUCUGCGAAGUGAACGGGUGUGUGCGUCCUGAUCACUUGGAAUUUGUGAGGACCAUGGGACUGAAUACAGUGAGGCAGAGGUGUCAAGGGAUAACCUUACUCAUUGGGGAAAUUGACGGGCAUGGGAUUAUCCUCAAUGAGGAACCGUGUUUGCAUGCAGGCUCCCCCGAAGUGACCCCCGAGUCCUUAUCAAAGUGUUGUCGAAAGAUCCAUGUUGUUACUAUAGAUCCUAAGCUCAACUGGCCCGAAUUAAUCGAGCAGUGGAGUGCAUAACUUAGUCCCCG